AUGAGUGUUUCUUUUUAAUCAUAUAAAUAUAGUUUUUUGACCUAAAAAUUAAAAAAGUAGAUCAUAAAAAAUGAUUUUAGUUAUCAAAACUAAGAUUUAUUUAUUGACACAAAUAAAUAGUGCAAAACCUCAGAAUCCAGUUAAAAAUAAUAAAUUCAGUUCUCUAAGAUGGAGGAAAAAAACAUAUUUUAAAUUCAAAGACAUAGAACCUAAUCAGUUUAAUAGCAGAAAUCUUUUUCCGUUAAGAAAAAUAUUUUUAAUAACAAAAAUGUAUAAUAAAAUAUAUAAUAGCAGCUCUAAAAGCCUAGCUAUUGUGAAGAAAAAUCUAAAUUAAAUAAUAAUAAUAAUAAUGUCUUCAAUAAAGUUUCAUAGUAUAAUAAUGUAAGUGUAUUGAUUAAAUCAAACUAAAAUAUUAGAGUUAGUAAAUAGAUUAUAAAAAUACACAAAGAAAGUCUAAGGAGUAUAUUUGAAGUCAUCAACGAUUAAAAUAUUUUUAAUUGCAUUUUUUAGUAUCUUAAUUCAUAUGAAUUAUUUUAUUCAUUCAGAAAUGUCUGUAGAAAGGCUCGCCAGUUGAUAAAAUAUUAUUUUCUUGAACAUAAUUUUGAAUAUUCACAAAACGAAGAAGACUACUAAAAUAAAUACUACGAUUAGCGUUUAAUAACAUACAUUAACAAUAAAUUAUGGAUUAAUACAAAUUUAAAAUAGUUCCUAUAAGAAAGCAUUGAUUAUGGGGUUGUAAGAAAACCAGUUAAUACUUUUCAUAAUUAAAUAAUUCAUCUUUUUAACAUUGCUCUGUAAUUUUAAGGAUAUUAAGUAGAAUUAAACAAGACUUAUGAAACGAUCAAGAAAAUUGGAAUAGAAAAAUGCUUUUCUUAUUUAUAUGAUAUCACAAGUCUGCCAAACUCUUGUGCUUAGAUAACUUUAAAGGAUCUUUAUUGCUUUGAUUACUUGAGAAGCUAUUCUAAUACUUAUUCAAUAAUUUUAAAUUGUUAAAUAAGAAUAUAUCGUUUCUGA